AUGAAGAGGGAAAUGAGAAGGGAGGUGGAGAUAGGGAUGGUGACGGAAAGAAUGGAGGGAAAGAGGGACGAUAGUGGUGAUUACGGAGGUGAAGAGACGGAGGAUGGUAGGGAGAGAGACAUGGAAAGGAGAGACGACUUGGAUAGAAGGAUACAGAGGAGAAGCAGCAGGAAAGGAGAGAAGGAGAGGCAUGAGGAGAAUAGAGAAGAUGUACUACUGGACAACCUGCUAAUAAUUGUCUAUUUCAGUUAUCUGGCCUCAGGAAACAGCUUGUCAUCUUUAGCUAAUUAUUGGCAAAUUGGGAAGUCUACUGCUUAUAACAUUGUGCGAGAAACUUGUGAUGCUAUUGCAAAUGUCCUAAGUCCAAUCUACCUUUCGUUUCCAACUCAGCAAGAAUACCAAAAUAUUGCUCAAAAUUUUUGGCAACGAUGGAAUUUGCCAAAUUGCGUUGGGGCCCUUGACGGAAAGCAUAUAAAAAUUCAAUGUCCAUCAAAUACUGGAUCCCAGUUUUUUAACUAUAAGCAAAGUUUUAGUAUCAUACUAAUGGCAACAUGUGACGCAAAUUAUUGUUUUACAUCUAUUCAUGUUGGAGAUUAUGGUGAGUUAAUAUACAUAAAGAUUGUAUUAUUUUGUGUGUACAUACAUGCUUUACAUUGCCCUGUUGCAGGAUCGCUUCCUGAUAGCAGUGUGUUCAGUGCUACAGAAUUUGGUCAAGCCGUGGAAAAUGACACUUUAAAUGCACCUCCGCCAUCUCCUUUGCCUGGUACAAAUAUAAUAAUGCCUUACUUUUUUGUAGGAGAUGAGAUUUUUCCUUUAAGGCACAAUUUGAUGCGCCCAUACUCCAGACGAAAUAGAUUGACUGAGACACAACGUAUCUAUAAUUAUAGGCAUUCCCGAUCUCGGCGAGUAAUAGAAAAUGCUUUCGGCAUUUUAACGACAAGGUAUGGUAGAGAAAAUAUAAUUACAUCAAUCUCGUCCAAAUCAAUCUCAAUAUUUGUAUCUUUGUUCUAGGUGGCGUAUCCUUCGGAGUACACUAG